AGGUUCCCGUAUGGAAUGGCAAGAUUUGAUUGGCUUAGAGAUCAGAUUCUAUUGAAUUUGCCAUGGCGCCUUGUGUUUCAUGCUGAAUACGCUUCAAUCUCGUUUGCUAAAGCGUUGGGUGGCUCAUCUGGUGAAUCUGUGGAAGUACAUCUCCAAAAAGAAAAGAUGGCAGAGCGAAGAACGGAAUUGUUCACGCUUGCAAAAUUAGCUGAGCAAGCUGAAAGGUAUGAAGAUAUGGUUAAAAAAAUGAAGGAGCUGACAGAGCUCGGGGGUGAUCCUUUAACUGAAGAUGAAAGGAACCUGCUGUCAGUGGCCUACAAAAAUGUGGUUGGGGCGCGCCGGUCAGCGUGGCGAAUAAUCAAAAGUAUUGAAGAGAAAGGAGCUGAUAAAGGGGAUGAAACCAAGAAGAGCAUUGCUUCAGAGUAUUUGGUUCAGAUUGAGAAGGAAUUGGAGGAAAAGUGCAACGAAGUCCUGAAGCUAAUUGAUGACCAUCUCCUCAGUCAGUCCAAGGAACCAGAGGCUAGGGUUUUCUAUAGGAAAAUGAAAGGUGAUUACUAUCGAUACUUGGUCGAGGUGAGUGAAGGCUCAGUACGGGAUGAGAGAGCAGAUUUGUCAUUUGAUGCCUACCAAGAUGCUUUUACCAUUGCCCAGUCAGACAUGGACACAACCCAUCCCAUAAGGCUUGGCCUGGCUCUGAAUUUCUCUGUGUUUUACUAUGAAAUCAAGAAUGAUCCCGGAAAGGCGUGUGAGCUUGCCAAGACAGCCUUUGAUGAUGCAAUUUCUCAACUGGAUUCAGUUAAGGAAGAAUCAUACAAGGAUAGUACAUUGAUCAUGCAGCUUCUAAGAGACAACCUUACAUUGUGGACGUCAGAUGCUGAUGCAGAUGAGGGACAAGAUUAACAAGGACUAAAUUAAGAAACAUUUGACUGUUGUCAUGAACUUAGGCCAAUAAUGUCCUGGUAACACAAUGUCGCACUCUGACAGAGAAUGAGAAAGUUUAAAUUGAGGCGGAUGGCAUAUUGGUUAGUAUUUAAAACCUUUCUAUUAAGACAUAAAAAACUUGUGAAUUUUAACUAAUUAUUUGAUGAUUUUCACUUAGCUUACAUUUUAGUAGGAAGUAACGAAGUAACAUGAGCAAAAAAAUACAUUCUCCUCAAACAAAGAACCACCCAUUUCGUCGCUAACUUUUGAAUCAUACUGAAAGUCUACCAUAUUGCCAUUUAUAAAGAAAAUAUGAACAGAAGUAGUGAUAAAAUUUAGCGUUGAUCAACGAUGACAUAAUUGUAUUUUGUUUUGUUGAAUACUAAUCGCUUUUAUGAAAAGAACAGGAAGUUGUCAA